AGGCGGCCAAGAGGAAGUGGCGGAGUUGGGUGGUCGCAGUUAAAACGGGGUUUUGUCUCCGCAAGGAAAGGAUGAUGUUUUUGCAAAAGCUGUUAGUUUAUUUAACGGCAGCAUGCAUGUUCUGCUAUGUUGUUCUUCUGAGCGUCAUGCUCACUAUUUUAAAAGUUCUCUCACCAAACCUCGCCAGGAAGCUGAUCCUGAAAAUGGGAGAAAAUGUUACCAUGACCCAGAAUCCCAAGUUCAGCUACGAAGAUUGGGGCCUGACUUAUGGAUCUCUUGCAUUUAUUAAAGUUGCCUGUCAGACUAUGUGGCUCUCGUUGGGACAAGAGGCUUUUGUUGGAGGAGACGCUCCAGACUCACCUGUGAUCAACAUGGACGGAGAGAGAACCAGCAUCUUGAAGUACCUGAAAGACAACAGACCGCUGGUGUUGAGUUUUGGGAGCUGCACCUGACCCCCGUUUAUGUUCAAGCUUGACGAGUUCAAGCAGCUCGCCAGGGACUUCAGGGACGUGGCGGACUUUCUUGUGGUCUACGUCGCUGAAGCUCAUUCAACAGAUGGCUGGUCCUUUGGCAACAACUUUGACAUCCGUCAGCACCGGAGCCUCAAGGAAAGGCUGUCUGCAGCUCAGAUCCUGGUUCAGAAUGACCCCCUGUGUCCGGUGGUGGUGGAUGAGAUGAGCAAUGUCUCAGCCAUAAAGUAUGCUGCUCAGCCUGAGAGGCUGUACGUGCUGCAGGCUGGCAAAGUCCUUUAUAAGGGUGGAAUGGGGCCUUGGGGCUACAAUCCUCAGGAGGUGCGUUCGGUCCUGCAGAAGAUGAAAUAAGUUGGAACGCUUCACUCCACCAGUCUUUAAUCAGGAAGGGUGUUUGUGCUGAAAAUGCUUUAUCUGAGACUAUAGCCAAAUUAGAAUCUGCUAAUAUCACCCUGUUUUACCUCUUUAUUAGACCUGAAUCAAAACAGUGCUAUAUCUACAUGUGUUUAUACCUCUCUGGUAUAAACAACUGAAUUACACGAGCUAUUGUAGUUCCUCAAUAGUUGGCUUCGUUGACAUCCUGAUGCUCUACUGCUGCCUUCAGAUAAAGGAGGUCUGAACUGGAACUCAGCUCUGUGUUUCUUAGUGACGGCUGCUGAUGAAACCGCUGGAAUCUGUGGCCAGAUGAGGUGAAACACAGAAACUGUAAGCUUGGACUUUAUUUAUGAAGUUUGGUGGGAGCUGAUGUUUUGAACAGUUUUUUAGAUUGCACUACAAAUAGCUGUCCUGUCAACAAAUCUACCACGUCUUGGUAGAUUUGUUUUUUAUGCCGAAUCUUUCCGAUUUCAGAUGAUGGAUUGAACAGAGCUCUGUGAGACGUUCAAAGCUUACGAUACGGUUUAAUAACCUAACCUUUCUUUGAACUUCUACAUAACUUUAUCCCUGACCAGUCUGCUGCGUUCCCGUGUUUGUUGCCUUGUCUGGAGGCAACGGUUUGUUAUAAGCAGUCUGAUUCUCUGCAGAUUCACAGAUGGAGUUGUGAAGCUUCACAUCCAGAUUGUUAUGCUGGUUAAUGCUUAACAGCUGUAUAUCAGCUGAUUCCUGCAUUUAGUGCUCUUGAUGUUACGCAACAAGCGUUUGCUUUUUAUAGCUUAUCAAAGUGUAUAUCUGUUUUUAACUGGAACUGGCGAAUAAGCACAGAAUAAAAUGAUUUAAUACGACCCCAUA